ACCAUUCCGGGCAGGUCAAUUGACGAACAACGGUCCUAUUUGGAAAUAGUUUUGUGCAAUUAAAUCAGUUUCUAGACAAAGCUAUAGUACCACAACAAGUAGUGUAAUUGUGAAGAGAACGAACCUCACUUUUUACGUUUUAACAGAUAAGCCAAGCAAGGAAUUAACGCAGCCAUGCCGCCUGGGCCUGUACAAAUUGUUCAACUGGAGCCCAACAACAGGGCAGAUGAGUCAACAGAGGAAACCCCAGCAACGAAACCCAUAGUUGGGAUCAUCUAUCCACCUCCUGAGGUCCGAAACAUCGUCGACAAGACUGCCAGUUUUGUAGCCAGGAAUGGACCAGAGUUCGAGGCAAGGAUCCGUCAGAAUGAGAUCAACAACCCAAAGUUCAACUUCCUGAACCCCAACGACCCAUACCAUGCUUACUACCGCCACAAAGUCAAUGAAUUCAAGGAGGGCAAGGGCCAGGAGCCGUCUGCGGCCGUACCAAAGGUCAUGCAGCAGCAGGCCCUGCAGAACUCACAGCAGCUUCCUCAAAAGGUGCAGGCCCAGGUGAUUCAUGAGACCGUGGUGCCAAAGGAGCCUCCACCUGAGUUUGAGUUCAUUGCUGACCCUCCUUCAAUCUCGGCAUUCGACCUGGAUGUUGUCAAGCUGACCGCCCAGUUUGUUGCUCGCAACGGGCGCCAGUUCCUCACACAGCUCAUGCAGAAAGAACAGCGAAACUACCAGUUUGACUUCCUGCGACCUCAACACAGCCUCUUCAACUACUUCACCAAGCUGGUGGAGCAGUACACUAAGAUUCUGAUCCCUCCCAAGGGACUUCUGAUAAAGCUGAAAAGAGAGUCUGAGAACCCCAGGGAGGUGCUGGACCAGGUGAGGUACCGUGUUGAAUGGGCGAAGUUCCAGGAGCGUGAAAGGAAGAAGGAGGAGGAGGAGCGGGAGAAAGAACGUGUGUCCUACGCCCAAAUUGACUGGCAUGACUUUGUAGUGGUGGAGACCGUGGACUUUCAGCCUAAUGAACAAGGCCACUUCCCCCCACCCACCACACCUGAGGAGCUGGGAGCUCGCAUCCUGACCCAGGAGCGUUAUGACAAGUUUGGAGAGAGUGAGGAGGUGGAGAUGGAGGUUGAAAGUGAGGAUGAGGAGGACGAUGAGCGGGAGGACCGGGAUGAUGGGCGUCCCACACAGCCUGAUCAGGACACACAGCUGCAAGACAUGGAUGAGGGUUCUGAUGACGAGGAAGAUGGCAAGGCACCAUUGCCCCCAGACAACCCCAUGCCACCCCCACUGCCCCCUACUCCAGACCAGGUCAUUAUCCGCAAGGACUAUGACCCCAAAGCCUCCAAGCCACAGCCUCCAGCCAAGACUCUGGAUGAGUACCUCAUCUCUCCCAUCACGGGUGAGAGGAUCCAAGCCAGUAAGAUGCAGGAGCACAUGCGCAUUGGGCUACUGGAUCCCCGCUGGCUGGAGCAGAGGGACCGGGGCAUCAGAGAGAGGCAAAUCGAGGACGAGGUUUACGCCCCUGGCAUGGACAUUGAGAGCAGCCUGAAACAGUUGGCUGAGAGGCGUACUGAUAUCUUUGGCGUGGAGGAGACAGCCAUCGGUAAGAAGAUUGGAGAAGAGGAGAUCCAGAAGCCUGAGGAGAAGGUGACCUGGGAUGGGCACUCUGGCAGCAUGGCGCGUACUCAGCAAGCAGCACAGGCCAACAUCACCCUACAGGAGCAAAUUGAGGCCAUUCACAAGGCCAAGGGACUGGUGCAGGAGGAUGAAAGCAAAGAGAAGAUUGGACCGAGCAAGCCUGAGCUUUACCACCAUCAUCAUCAAUCACCCCUCAUCUCCUCUGCCCCCCUUCUGCCCAAACCCAGCCCUCCAAUGAACACGAUGGCUCGGGCCCCUCCUUCCAUGCUGCCCCCUGUACGCACCACUCUCCUGUCAGCUGUGCCUGUGAUUCCACGGCCCCCCAUGGCCCCUGUGCAGAUGCGCCUGGCCCCAGGGCAGGUUCUAACACCCAUGCCUCCCAUGAUGCAUGCUCCCCGCAUCAACGUGGUACCCAUGCCCCAACCACCUCACAUGAUGGCCCCCAGACCACCCCCCAUGGUGGUACCAACUUCAUUUGUCCCUGCCCCUCCUGUCCCGCAGCCCCCCCGCCCUGACCCUCAGCCACCUUCCCACCCACCCCCACGCCAUGAUGAUGAGCCUGUCACCAAGAAGAUGAAGACAGAAGACAACCUUAUACCAGAGGAGGAUUUCCUCCGCAUAUACAAGGGUUCAGUGUCGGUCAAAGUACAAGUUCCCAACAUGCAGGACAAGACGGAAUGGAAGCUAAGUGGACAAGCGCUCAACUUCACUGUCCCACUCACAGAUCAGGUAUCUGUUAUUAAAGUCAAAAUCCAUGAAGCUACUGGCAUGCCAGCUGGAAAACAAAAGCUACAGUAUGAGGGAAUUUUCAUCAAAGAUUCCAACUCGCUGGCCUACUACAACAUGAACAACGGUUCAGUCAUACACCUGGCACUGAAGGAGAGAGGUGGGAGAAAGAAGUGAACAUCCCCUCAACAGGUUUCUCUGCCAUACACAGCCAGUUUGCGACAUUUUGUCAUUUACCCCCAAGUAAUUAUUAUAAUGUCCGAAAAAUUGGGGUAAAUGAGCAACUUUAUCAGAGCAGCUCUUUCAAAUGAUUUAUGUCCUUUGUUGGUCAUACCAAUUGUAAAGAAUGUUUGAGGCGUAGUCUAUAAAUAACCUAUAAUUAGUUUUGGUUUCGUAUUUUAAGUGUUGAUUCUUUUCUAAAUGUUAAUUGUAUUGUUUAAGGGGAUUGUAUGCAUGCAGGUGGUUUCUGUCCAGAUUUUCCAGCCCAUGUCAGUCCAUCAAAUAAAGUAAUAAAAUGUCACCAUUA